GUUGACCGCGAUGGAAUCGAAAACACACGCCCCCAAAGUCAUACAAGGAAUACAAGGAAGGGUACUAACUAACAUGGGCACAUCAACAGCCGAGGUUGGCGGCAACAAGGCAUCAAGCCUCCAUAUCGGAGGCGAAACACCGGUUCUGGCCGUCUGGGGCGGCAUUGGAUUCAGCCGGCGUCCGCUAAAGGAUUUGCGUGAUCUCUAUCACCUCUACGAGGACGAGCUCUCGGAAUUUGUCCAGCACUGCAGCGGCGUCCUACGAUCCCUUACCUUGCAAGACCCGAUCGUUGACGGGCACAUCGAAAACAAGAGCAAGAGCAGGGCUGCCGAGUGUUUACAAAUUCAGCAAGACCUCGCGGGUUGGCUAGCAGACCCGUCGGUCCGUCGGCCGCCCGUGCUUCCGCAGGUGGUGACGGCGGUUGUCACCACCAUACUACAAAUGUCCCGCUAUGUCGUGAUGGCGAAACGGCUCGGCGUGACCCCGGGCGAGCUGGCGUCUCGCUUCACGGCCUUUGCCGGCCACUCGAUCGGGAUGAUCGUUGCCGUCAGCAUGGCAGCCGCCGACUCAUGGUCCUCCCUCUACCACCUAGCCGAGGUAGCCCUGACCGACAUGUACCGCGCCGACCACCUGCUCAGCUCGGUCUGGGACCAGAGCGUGCCCGUUCCUCCCUCCGCCGCAGCGGAGUGUGUCCGGCGCGGGGAGGGCGUCCCGACGCCCAUGCUGUCUAUCACAGGUACGGCACGGAGCAGGGUCAUGUCCGAGAUGGUUCAGGUCAACCUUGACAUGGCUCCCGAGCGGAAGCUACACCUGGCCGUUAUCAACGAUGUCGAUGCCUUCGUGGUGGCGGGCGGUCCCGAAGGUCUGGUCCGGUUUUGCGCCCGGCUGCGGACACCGACCCCGCUGUACGAGCAGACCGCUUCCUCCUCGUCCUCCGCCUUCUCCUUCUCGCCCUCUUCCCCGCUUAGCCAACCCCGGCAGGCGGAUCCUGGUAUGGGCUCGCUCCAGUUCUUGCCCUGCUGCGUUCCCUUCCACUCCCCGCACAUGCAGAGGGCGACGUCCUUGCUCGCCGAGCGCUCGGCCGAGCAUACCGCUUUGACGAGGGAGCAGAUUCGGGUGCCCGUGUGGGGACUGGACGCACUCUUAACCGAGGCCCCGAACCUGGCGGGGGACUUGGGCGCCCGCAUCAGCCAGCUAAUCCUAUCCCGGGAGGUGAACUGGCCUGCCAUCCUGGAGCCCAUGACGGGCCGCUGGCAGGUUUUGGACUUUGGCCCUGGCGGUCUCAGCGGUAUCGGUAUGGUCGUUGAUAGGAUGAAGGCAGGCUCCCGGUCCCAGACAUAUGUCGUGUGCCCAGCGGGUAUCUGGGGCUUCCGGGGAAGUAAGCCGGGCGCCAAGGGAGCGGAUCCGGCUGCUUCUUCCCCAUCUCCUCCCCAGCUGCUCACUCUGCUACCCAUGGCGAGCGCUAGGGGGAGCCCCCGGAGCUACGCCAGCGUCGAGUUUGAGCCGCCCCGCGCGUCAGCCCCUGAGACCCCGAGGCCCGCAGCCGCGUCGAGGUUCACCGAGUCUCUGGGGCUUCCCCGCGUAUUGGUGGCCGGCAUGACGCCUACCACAUGCGACGUCGACCUGGUCGCGGCCGCCAUGAAUGCCGGCUUCUACGCCGAGUUCGCGACGGGCGGCUACCACGACGCCCCGUCCCUAGUGGCCGCCUUGAGACGGCUCGCCACUAUGAUCCCUGAGGGGCGCAUGAUCACGGUCAACGUCGUGUACGCGAACCCGCAGAGCCUCGUCUGGGUGGUACCGCAACUGGCGGCGCUCGUGCGGGAGGGAUGUCCCAUCGGCGGCCUCGUCAUCGGCGCCGGUGUGCCGGGUCCGCCGGUCGUGGCCGGGUACGUUGAGGCGCUGCAGCCAUGCUACAUCGGCUUCAAGCCCGCGACGGCCGAGGCCAUUCAGCGUGUGCUGGACAUUGCAAGGGAGCACCCGACGCUGCCCGUGCUGUUGCAGUGGACCGGCGGCCGGGCCGGCGGACACCAUUCGCUCGAAGACUUCCACCAGCCCAUACUCGAAACGUACAGAGCCAUCCGCGAGGUCGGGAAUGUCGUCUUGGUUGCGGGUAGCGGGUUCGGCGACGCCGGGGGCGCGUGGCCCUAUAUCUCGGGCCGGUGGUCCCAGGGGUUUGGCCGCCCUCCCAUGCCUUUCGAUGCCGUCCUGAUCGGUACCUGCAUCAUGACGACGCUCGAGGCCAAGACGAGCAUUAAUGCAAAGAGAGCCAUGAUCGAAUGUCGCGGCGUUCCGGACACCGAGUGGACGGCCACCAUGUCAAAGCCCGGAGGCGUGGGGGGUGUUAUCUCGGUCGUGUCGCACCUCGGCGAGGCCAUGCACGUCGUGGCCACGCGCGGAAUGCUCCUGUGGGCGGAGCUCGACCGGACCCUGUUUAGCAAACCCAAGGCCGCCAUGGCUGAGGCGAUCCGCGUGCGGCGCGCUGACCUGAUCGCCCGGCUCAACGCCGACUACCAGAAAGUCUGGUUCCCCUGGGACUAUGCCGCGAGCAUGGCGGCCGACGACCUCGGGGACAUGACUUAUCGAGACGUCCUGCGCCGCAUGCUCGAGCUGAUGACCAAGCCCGCAAUCAGGGGCGAGUGGGCUCACCCGUCUUACCGUGGAAUCUUCGGCGACUUUUUGGUGCGCACCCUCGAGCGCUUUGGAGGCAGUGCCUCACGCGCCACGGCUCUGGCGGCGGACUUAGCAACCCUCGAGUGCCCGCUAGAACAGCUCGGUGCCGUGACGGCCCGGGUACCCCAGUGUGGACACCACUUCCUAGGGGUGGAGGACGCCGCCUACUUCGUCGACAUCUGUAGUCGACCAGGGCAGAAGCCGGUCCCAUUUGUGCCGGUUUUGGACGCUGACUUCCUUGUAUGGUUCAAGAAAGACCCCCUCUGGCAGUCCGAGAAUCUUGAGUCGACGCACCACGGCGACGUUGGCCGCGUGUGCAUCCUGGCUGGUCCGGUAGCCAUCCGGCACUGCCGAGAAGCCGACGUCGCGGUAGGCGUUUUCCUUCGCGGCAUCGAUCAGGGUAUCAGGGACCGCGAGGCGCGGGCUGGGGUGGCACCGCCUGCCUUUCAUCUCACCACCACGUCGCUCCGCCAGGAGGACGAGCUCAUCCAGGCGGUGGGGUGCCCAUCCCGCCUAGUCCUCGGCCUAGACACCGUGGAAGUCGCCAAGGAUACACCCCCGGAAGCCCCCAGUCUGGACAAUGACAGCUGGCUUCUUUUGCUUGGGUCGCGCCUAGGUCGGUGGGGCCUCUAUGCCCUGGGUACGAGGAGGUUAGUGUCAGGUGGACGGGCGUACGAGAAUCCCAUCCGCCGCCUGUUCUCUGUCCGCCCAGGCGCUCUGGUGCGGUUCUUCGGCAAGGACGCCGAUCAUGGCCAUUAUACCGGGGCCGAGAUGUGUAGCGACAUCGACACCGUCCGGCUGUGGAUAGACGGUGACACAAUCACGGCGGCCAUCGCGAGCCGCUGCACCGUGGACAAGGCACAGGAAGAAUGUCCGCUCCGGUUUGCCUACAACGAGCUCCGCCCCUACGCGCCCCUCUGCGAGAUGAUGCACGACCGGUUGGACCGGAUCAGCCACUUUUACUGGAGGACGCUUCUCGGCGGGGGUCUAAAGCGGCCGGAAGAGCGCAACCCCAUCGCCCUAAGGCACGCCCCCCCUGACCGCGCCGCAGGCGAGGUGCCCAUCGAGUUCGCGACCGUCUUAGUCAACGAGGCAACGUGGCGCCACCUCCUCUCCUGGGACAUGGAUGCCUCCAGGCUCCUCCACCAGCACACGGCGGUCACGCUUCGCGAGGGCCAGAAGGCGCUGUCCGUCGGAGACACCGUCACGGUCGAGUCGCGGGUGACCUCCGCUAGCAAUGGCGAGUCGGGCGUCAUGGCUUGCUUCUCCAUGACGCUGGCGCGUGACGGCCGAGAAUUCGUCGACCUGGUCUUGCACUUCGUGUUCCUCGGGCAGCAGUUGGCUGACUCGCUGUGCUUCGAGGAUGAGAAGAAGAAGAACAAGAAGAAGAAGAAGGAGGAGGAGGAGGAGGAGGGAAGGGAAUUCAUCGAUACCCAGGCUGACCCGCUCGCCAGCUUCCUAGAACAAGCCGCAACAACGGACGUAGGGGAACGACUGCCGCUGCCGUCGGAACGGACGCUCGAGACGGUUAGCGUGACCACGCCCGAUAACAGCGUCGAGUACGCCGUCGUUAGCGGCGACUUCAAUCCCAUCCAUACCCUGCCUGCCUUUGCACGUUUGGCUGGGUUCUCUGGUCCCAUUCUCCACGGUAACCAGACGGCCGCGCUCGUGCUGCAAGCCAUCCGAUGUGCGGUUCCCGGGGCCAACGCCGCCACGCUGCGCCGUUACCAUUGUAGCUUCCUUUCUGUGGUCUGGCCCAACGACACCCUGACCGUCACAAUCAAGCGGGUGGCCACGAACAGGGGCAGCCGCCCCGUGCUCGGCUUUGCGGCCCGCCGCACAGGCGAGACCGAGGAACUGGUCCUGGAGGGCGAGGCCGUCCUCGAGGCACCCCCUACGACCUUCCUCUUUACCGGCCAGGGUAGCCAAUUCCAGGGGAUGGGUCUUGAUCUCGCCGCUCAGAGCCUUGCGAGCCGCAAGGUGUGGGCCGAAGCGGAUGCCUACUUUGAACAGGACUGGGGAUUUUCCAUCACCGAUAUCAUCAAGCAGAAUCCGGUCAAGCUAACCGUUCACUUCUCCGGUGUGCGCGGUCAACAUGUCAGGCAGAACUACAUGGACGCCCAGGCCAUGGCACGUUCCUGCGCACUCGACUGCGAGGUAAAUCUUUUCAGCGGGCUGCACGCGCGCUCGCGGUCUUACACGUUCUACUGCAAGGACGGCCUCCUGGGCACGACGCAGUUCGCUCAGCCGGCCCUCGUCGUGACCGAGACGGCCGCCUUUGCGCACCUCCGACAGCUAGGCCGCGUGCCGCCCCAGUCGCGGUUCGCUGGCCACUCGCUCGGCGAGUUUGCCGCUCUCUCCGUCAUGACCGCCGCGUUACCGCUCAGGGCGGCGCUCAAGACCGUCUUUACCCGCGGCGCGCUGAUGCAGGCUGCCGUGCCGAGGGAUACUGCGGGCCGGAGCGGGUUCGGCAUGGUGGCCGUUGACCCGUCGCGUGUGGGGAAUGCUUUCCAAGAGAAGCACAUCCUAGAGAUGGUCCAGGCUAUCACGGUUCGCACCGGGCUCCUACUCGAGAUGGUCAACCUCAACGUCAAGGGCCAGCAGUACGUGUGCGCUGGCGAUAAACGGUGCCUCCACCUCCUCCAGCGGGUCACCGACGAGCUGCACGCCCACCAAACCUUGUCACCUCGGCCUAUCGCCGACUUGGUGGCGAAGCACGCCCCCAGCAUUGCGGUCGUCUCUCCGAACGACCUCGUCCUAGUUCGCGGGGAGGCGACCAUGCCACUCAAGGGCAUCGAUGUACCUUUCCACUCCACCCAACUAGCCUGCAUGGGAGGGGCCUUCAGGCACACACUCGUGAAUAGCAUCAGCCGAGCCAGUGUCAGACCCGAGGACCUUAUUGGGAGGUGGAUCCCCAACGUAACGGGAAAGCCGUUUGCUACGGACCGGAAAUACGUACAGCUCGUAGCGGAACUUACGGGCUCUCCUCGAAUUGUGGCCCUCCUUGCCGGGAUGGAGUAG